AUGGACCGAACGGCCGUUAAAGUGGGCGCCGCGGCCAGCGCGAGCGUGUGCGCCCUGUUCGGCGGCGUGGUUCUUGCCCAGUACAUCGUCGCCAAGAAAAAGCGAGCGGGAAAGAAAACGAGAAUUAUCGAAAUGAUGCCUCAGUUUGAGAAGAAAACGGUGCAUAUGAGGGACCCCGAGAGGGUGGAGCAGAUUAUCUGCGGCCUUAUCAAGGGUGGAGCCUCCAAACUUCAGAUCAUCACCGACUUCGACAUGACGCUAAGCAAAUUUGCCAUCAACGGCAAACGAUGUCCGUCGUGCCACUACAUCAUGGAAAACUGCCACCUGGUGUCGGAGGAGUGUCGUCAGAAGCUGCUGCAGCUCAAGAACAAGUACUAUCCCAUUGAGAUAGACCCAAAUCUCACCAUGGAGGAGAAGUACCCUUUUAUGGUGGAGUGGUAUUUUAAGUCCCAUUCACUUCUAGUGGAACAAAGGAUAGAAAAGGACAAAGUGCCACAAGUGGUGCGAGAGUCCGACGCCGCACUUCGAGAAGGCUUCGAACAGUUUUUCGACCGUCUGCACGAGCACGACGUACCCGUGUUCAUCUUCUCGGCAGGCCUGGGUGACGUCCUGGAGGAGAUCAUCCGGCAGGCGGGCGUCUACCACCCCAACAUUAAGGUGGUGUCCAACUUCAUGGACUUUGACGACAAAGGAGUCCUCCGGGGCUUCAAAGGCGAGCUGAUCCACGUGUACAACAAGCACGACGGCGCUCUGCGGAACACCGACUACUUCAAGCAGUUGAAGGAGAACUGCAACAUCAUACUGAUGGGAGACUCGCUUGGCGACCUCAGCAUGGCCGACGGCGUGCCCAACGUGGAGAACAUCCUCAAGGUCGGCUUCCUUAAUGACAAGGUGGAGGAACGUCUGGACAAAUAUUUGGACUCUUACGACAUCGUCCUGGUCAAGGACGAGACCUUGGAAGUGCCCAACGCCAUCCUCCAGAAAGUUCUAUAA